CACUGAUAGGCGGCACUGAAAGGCAGCUCUGAUGGGCACUGAUAUGUGGCAUUGAUGUGCACUGAUGGGCACUGAUAUGUGGCAUUGAUGUGCACUGAUGAGCACUGGUAUGUGGCAUUGAUGGGCACUGACAGGCGGCAAUUAUGGGCACUGAAAGGCAGCACUGAUGGGGCUGCACUGAUAAUCAGGGAACUGAUGGCACUGUCAACAUGAGGAAAGGAGAACCGAUAACCGGCAUUUCCUGUUUACAUUUGAUCAGCUGUGAUUGG